GGCGCCAUAAAAGGCAAAAGAGCACGAGGCCAACUCGCGAUUCGCCCCCAAAUUCGCGAUUCCCCACCCGCUCCGGCUGAGAUUCCGCCCCACUCGAGGUCCCGCUCCCAGAAUUGGCCGCGGAUCCGAGCUGCCCGUGACGCCGGCUUGCUAUCGGAUAAUAUGUUGUUCACACAUGAGAAGAAUGCUGACCAAUUUGAUCGUCUUUCUUAUGGUAACCUAAGGGGACUAGACGCCAGUGGAAAUUCUGAGGAAUCCAGUUUUGGAAAUGGCUGUAAGGACAGUUCUUCAGUUCCUCCUGAGAAGUUCGGCUUUCCUUGGCUCCCUGUCGAGAAUUGUCAAUCUGCCACACUAGAUCAUGACAAGCGCCCUCUUUCUGAUGUCAAACCAUGCCAAGUUGCCUGCAAACGUCCAAAGCAAACAGACCACAAUACCUGGUUAUAUUCCCUUGAGGAAUGCCCUUUCACAAGUGAGACCGAGAUAUCUGCUUCAGCUUUAGCUGAUGAAUUAGUUGAGACCAAACAACCAGAUCACAUUCCUGGAAGUAAUGGUGCCACAACCUGCAGCGUUAGUUCAGGCAUCCCUUGCCCUAACCACGAACAAUCAGUUGGAGUAGAGAACUUACAAUUGCCUGAUUGGGUGACUUCUUUCCCUAGUUAUUUUGAAGAUUGGGGAACAGUUGCUGGAUAUAACCAGGUUGGGGACAUUGAUUCACCUGUUCAUGAGUACCUCCCUAGAAAGUGUGUGCCAAUUGGACCUGAGCACCAGGCUGACAUUCCAGAAUGGAGACCCCGAGUCUCUGUGAGUGUAACUGGUGGUUCUGGUUUUUGUGCUGAUCUGGAUUGCAGUUCUGUUUCUACUUCAGAACCUGUUUCCAGAGGUUAUGACUUUGAGAAUGCCAAGUGGAUCAGGGACUGUGUCAUUCCAAUAUCAUCCUGCUCAUCACCUGUUGAUUGGGUUGGAGACAACAAAGCAGAUUGUGAAUGCAGUGAUGAAGGUUCUGUUAGGUGUGCAAGACAGCAUAUUAUUGAAGCAAGGGAAAGUCUCAAAAUGAGCUUGGGACAUGACAAGUUUUGUGAGUUAGGUCUUUGUGAAAUGGGAGAGGAUAUUGCUCAAAGGUGGACUGAUGAGGAGGAGAAGCGAUUUCAAAGAGUUGUUUUCUCAAAUUCUGGCUCCCUGGGCAAAAACUUUUGGGACCACCUCCCACUUGCAUUUCCUGAUAAAACUAGCAAGGAUCUUGUUAGCUACUAUUUUAAUGUCUUCAUGCUCCGGAAGAGAGCUCAGCAGAACAGGUCAGACCUGUUGCAUGUGGACAGUGAUGAUGAUGAAUUGCAUGGUGAGUCUUCAGUAGCUUGCCAUGAGGAAGAGGAUUCAGCAGUGGAGUCCCCUAAACAUGAACAUUUCAUCGACAAUUCUCUGCCCAUAGAGGGUGACCAUAAAGAAUAUGGAGGAGAACAUAUCACAGGACCUUCUUUCCAUGAGUGCACAAGCGAGUGUAGACAUCUACCAAAUCAGAUGCAUUUGUACUCAAAUGCAAAGAAUAUCGCACAAAAUGUCUACGACCAAGAUGAGCUGCGAGCAUCAUUUGAGGGCCAACACAAUGGAGCUCAUACUCCUAAAGGAGUUCAGUGUGCUGAGUUCUCUUGAAUGAUGCUCCAAGAAACCUCGGGAAUCAAGGCACAUCUGUGUAGGAGUUGUACAGAGAAGAUAUGCCCAAGAAUCUGAAGUACUGUUUUCUCCAAUAGAGAUAUUACAUUGGAGUUUACAUUGCUUGUCAAGCAAGUUAUGAAAAAAAAACUAUGGACAGCAAUCUAGUAAUGCAUAGCCAAGACGUAGGCAGAAGUUUGAAUAUGACAUCUAGUUCAGACUGGUGCUUGAACUCAAUUCUGCUGUGAGAUGCUGUAAUGUGCUGGGGGCUCAUGGAGCUCAAACAUAUGGCCACAUCUCUAGAUGAUGGAUUAUGGAAGCAUCAUGGAGCUGUACAUUCUUUAGCUUCUCAGAGCCUUUUUGCGGCAUUUUGUAAAGUGCUUGUGGAGCUAAAUUGAGCUUGCGCGGGGUUUUUUAAUAUCCCCCUUGUUCGUUGAUGUACAAUCUAUUUUAUUGUGUUCAUAUGAAAGACCCUCUUAGGGCAUUUUGGAA